GUGAAACGUCUGCGAUUCGUCCCUGCCCUAAAAAUACCAGAAAGCCGCGGAGGACGCCGGACAACAAGUUGCAGCAGCAGCAGCAGCAGUCGUAUCGUGGGCCAUCGCACCAUGAUGCAGCGCAUGACAACUCGCCAGGUCGAGAAGACGAUGGCCGACCGCCGGGCCAAGGAGGCAGAAAACGCCGAACUCACACGGUAUGCGUCGAGUAACCAGCAGCAGACGAUGGCAAACAAGAGUGACAUUGGAGUGCUGGCAAAACGACGCAAUAACCAAGCGUUCCAGCGAAAUGCCGAGGCCAUGUUGGAAGAGCGAUCGAUUGCUAUCGAGCGCGACGCCAUCCGGAGCCAGAGGACGCGUGAGCAGAACGAUUUCAUCGCCAAGGCGCUCGAAGAAGAGCGGCGCAUGCAAGAGCGCAAAGAGCGCGAGAUCCAACGCAUCUGCGAGUCGAGCGAAGAGCUCCGCGAACUCGAAAGCAUGCUUAAAAUCGCAUACGUCAACAAAGAGCGUGCCGUGCAGCAAGCCGAGCGAGAGACACUCAGCCAGAUCGAACAGGCCCGCGAAAAGGCCAUUGAAGCACAGAUGGAGUAUGAUCGACAACGAUCGCUCGUCGACAUGGCUGCCAAGGACUUUGGCAAGCGUGUAGAGGCCGUCGCGUCCAAACAGAGUAUCCAGCAGCAGAUGAUGGACCGCCUCAAGUUGCACGAAGAAGCAGCGCGGGAGGCCGAGCUGGACAAGCAAAAAGUCGACGCGAUCAUGAAGAAGAUCGAGGAGGAAGAUCGAUGGGAGCAAGAAAAGCGCGAGCGGUAUGUCUUGGAGACGAAGAAGCUCAUCGACGACUGCAAGCUCCAACGUGCCAAGGAGAAAGAAGAUCAACUUCGACGCGAGAAGGAAGAAGAUUUGCGAAUUCUACAGCAUGGCAAGCACGUCGAGCUUCGCGAGGCCGGGAUCAAGGAAAAGUUGGCCGAGAAGAAGAAGCGCGAGGAAGAGAUGUUUUUGGCCGUCGAAGCAGAAAUUCAGCGCCAGCGGAAGGAAGAAGAAGAGUUUGCGCGGCUGCGGGAUGAGCUGUGGGAAGAAGAAGUGCUGGAAGCGCGGCGACAGAAAGAGCGCGAGCGGGCGCAGAAGAAGCAAGCAGACAAGGAGGACAUGAUGCGGUCCAACGACCAGCAGCAGGCACUCAAGGCGCAGUUGCUGGCGGAACAGAAGCGCAAAGAAGACGAGUACAACGAGUUCCUCAAGCGCAAGUUUGCGUCCGAGGAACGGCGCGAGAUGGAGCUCGAAAUCUUUCGACGCAAACAGAAGGAGGAAUACAAGCAGGCCAUCGUGGCGCAGAACCAGCAAAAACAAGCCAUGUACCGCCACGAGCUCGAAAAGGAACGGGUCGAAGCGGCGCGCGUGGCGGACGAAGACGCAUUCAAGAAGGCCGUUGUCGAAGAGGCCAAGCGGCGGCUGCUGGAAGAACACGCAGCCAAGUUACAGGGGUAUUUGCCCAAAGGCGUUGCAAAGGAAGUGUACCAGCGAAGCAACAUGGGGUCGCGGUGAGCUUUGAUCACGACGUGGCCAACACGGGCUCGAGGCCGCCAUCAUCCAUGCUUAGGCACGAAUUAAAAUGCGAUGAAACUUUCAGGGAGUGUGGGUCAGGGAUGGCAGCGGCGACUGUGAAGCAUUUGUCCUUGUAGGAUGCGGACGCUUGCUCCUUGCUAGAACGAGUACAAUGAUGUCGC